AUGCAACCUAAUCGGUUAGGACUUGGUCUGCGUCCACCUUUGCCGUCAUACGGCCAGGGUCCCUCAAUGUCGGCUCUCGCACAGCAGCAGCAAAUGCAUUUUGUUCCACCUCAAGCUCAAAGACUAGCCACCCUGUUCGUUGGCUCUAUAUCGGGCGGUAUCACUGACGCAUUCUUGAAUCAACUUUUAUCGGUGGGUUGUGCAUUGGGAAACAUAUAUGCGCUAUAUCAGGCUGAAUGUUAUCUGAUGCAGGCAUGUGGACCAAUCAAGUCGUUCAAGCGCCUGAUCACGCCUGCGAACAAACCGCAAGGAUUUGGGUUUGCAGAGUUCGAGGAUCCCGAUGGAGCGUUACGUGCACUCGAACUACUGAACAAUGUAGAGUUGCCAGCGCUGGAGGAUGGCUGUGCGAAUAAGAAACUACUGGUGAAAGCAGACGAAAAAACUCGUGCGUUUUUAGAUGCAUAUCAGGCGCAUCGAAUGGCAACUAGCACCGACGAGGCUCAAAAACAGCAGGCGAGAGCAAAAAUUGAUGAACAAGUUGCUGACAUAAUUCGCAUGUCGCAAGAUGCAGCCAACAAUGGCCUCAUUGACAAAGAGAAAUAUGUAAUACCUCCACAUCUCCAUGACCUUCAAGAGGCAGAUCUUCCGGAAACACAACGAGGUCUUGUCAUUUCAGAGAUCGCACAGUUCCGAGAACGCGCCGCGAAACGGGAACGGGAGAAGCUGCGUGACGUACGAGAAAGUAUUCCUUCAGUGACAGGAGCUCCGAGUGGGCCCAAAGUCCGUGAAUGGGGGAAACCCCAACAAAGUGCCCCUUCGACUCAAUCUCCUCAGGCGCAGGGCUUCGGUAAAGGGGCUCAGGGCUACAGCAAACCUGUAGGAUUCGUCAAAGCUGGAGAUUCCAAUGUUGGGCGGGAUAGCUCGGAGGUUGAACGGCCAGGUCCUGGUCGGACGAUGAAAACGGACGAGGAGUUGGAAGCUGAGCGGAAAGAGGCUCGGAAAAAAGAUGAAGAGAUUUCUUUCAAAGAUCGAGAGCGGCGGUAUGAGCCAAGAGAACGGACGCGAAUUCAGGCCCUAGAACGGGCUAUCGCUCGGGAGCGUGCCACGAAAGAAGCAGAAGAUCGUGAUCGGAUUGAAAUGAGAGGUCGAUUGGAUGUCUGGGACGACGAUGAGAGCGACGAGACCUUUUAUGUUGACCGAGCACGAUGGCGCCACAUGCGGGCACGCCGACUAGAAGCGGAGGAAGCUGCAGAUGAAAAGUCAAGAAGGUUUGAGGAGCAGGAAGUGGAGAACUUACGGAGAGAAUCUGAAGACUUUUUGGCGAGACAAAUGGACGAGAUGCAAGCUCUGGCGGAGGAGCAGCGCAAGGCCGGUCUGUUAUUAGACGACGGCGCACCCGUCAGGUUGAAUGUCUCUAUUGCUGCGCCAACUGUGAAAGAGAAAGAGGCUCCGGGUAAGGAGAAGACCGCUGUGUUUGCCGAGGAGGAGAUGGAGGAGGACGAGAUCAAAAAACGCCGCGUGCCGUUGGUUAAGCUUGACUUCAGCGUGGCGGAAAGCAGUGAACAGACGAAGGAGAGGUUAGAGAGGAUACGUCAAUCUGUGCCGCACGAUAAGGAUGUCCUAUUCAAGGCGAAAGUGCGAUGGGAUGGUCUUAAUGACACUAUGAUCGACCGGAAAUUCGAACCUUUGGUGAAGCGACUAAUGAUGAAGUAUUUGGGAGAGAUGGAGGAGGAGGACCUGAUUAUGUUUGUCUUGGAGCAUUUGAAGGACCACAAGGGCCCUCAAAAAUUAGUUGAGGGGCUGGAACCUGUCCUGGAGGAGGAGGCUAUCGAGCUCACUAUUAGCGUCUGGCGACAAAUAAUAUUCGAAAGCAUGGCUUACGGCGAAGGCUUGCUCACGGAAAAGCUGCUCGUCGACUAA